GCUGUACGGACCCAUUUCAUUCUCUCUCCGUACGCCGUUUCACAUGCAAUCUCGACGUUCGCGCGUCCGUCCGGCGUCCAUUUUGUGUGUGCUGUUAAUAACAUUGUACCCGUAUCGUUAUAAUAUUUUUAUCGACGUUUCGGUCAAUAGUCGCGGUGUGUGAAAUUGUUUUUAAUUUUUGUUGUUUAAAAACCGUUUGUUUGUUUUUUUUUUUUUUCACUCGUCUACUUAAACGUUCUGUGUUGAGUGAGCGAGUGUUGUUUUUCCAACAAAACGAAAUUCAUCGGCCGACCGUUGUUCAGUGUACGCGCGCUUCGAGUGCCAGUGCAGUUUGGACCUAAGUACUAUUUUUGAUCGCUUAUUACGAUCUUUAUCAUUGUGUUUUGUUUACACCCGUCGUCGAUAAUACGACAAUGACGGUUACGUUCGUGUCGUUGGCGACCGAUGGAGUCACCGUCGGCAGACGCGUGUUGAUGGCCAAGACGGAUUCGCUGAGUAACGUUGAUAACAACAACGGACCGGUCACGGCAACGGCUGCGGCCACCACGGCGGUUACGGGCAAGGCGUCCGUGCUAAGCGUAAAGCGCGUGCUGUUCGGACCGCCGGCCGACCGCUCAGAAACGCGGGCGUGGCUUGAGCGACAAUUGCAGUCGGCAGCAGCGGCCAAUUCUCGUUCCUGGAACUUUGAUUUUGUCAACGAACGGCCGAUGCGUGACAGCCCUGCUGACCGUUACGCGUGGGAACGCAUCUGUCUACCACAGUCGUCACCUCAAGCGGUUAAUGUUAACGAAGAAAGCGACCAACAGAACAGCAGUAGACAGCGACAGUCUCGAGUUACAGACUUUAUGAGUAAAACCAAAAAGAGACCUCUGACCACCAUCGGGUCUUCGAAUAAAGUAGUAGACGAAGAUUUAUCAGUACCAGCGAGUAAGAGAACUCGCCGAACGGCUAUCUAAAUUGGUAAAGGAUGCACAGAGUAAAUAUAGAAAACUUCAAGUGCCCAAAAGUUAAUUUUCGCCUCUAAAAUUUUCGAGAUCUCCCAAAUAGAUAGUCUUACUAUAUUAUUAACUUCUACAGGAUUUGUUGUCCCUAGAAAAUACUUUUAUUGCAUUAUUUAUAUGUGUAUAAUUUUUUCAAAACCAUCGUUAUUGUACAGAUGUUUUUAAAUUUUAAAAAUUUUUAAAAAUUAUGUAUUUUUUUUAAACAAUUAAUAUUUAUACUGUUUUGUUUUUUUGAUCUCCUUCACGACUAUUGUUCGGUUUUCCAUUGCUUAUUAUGCCCAGUCCAAUUUUGUUGUUUUAUUUGUCUUGACAAAAUUUUAACGAAGAAAACCCAUCCUUUAGAUGAAUGUAUUUUCUUAAAAUAAAACUAUCAUAUAAUUUUAAUUAAUGUUAACUUCUUAGAUUAAUGUCUGUACGUUUAGUAUUAGCCUUAGAUUUUAAUGUUAACGUGCAAUUAUACAUUUAAUUUUUAACUUAAGCUUAAAUACAUACAAAUUAUAAGCGAAAAAUUAAUAUAAUUUAGCAUCACUCAUAAACAAGUUAACAACACUAUCAUUUAUUUUUCUUUUUUUUUUUUUUUUUUUAUUAAAACUUUUUUUCAUUUUUCGAGAAGAUCUCAACUUAUAAAUGAUAAAAAUCCAAAGAUUCAUUGGUCUCUUAUGAUUAUUCUACAAACUUCCAAAGAUAUUAAUGAUUUAAACUUUUCAGCUCAUUAUUUAAAAUCAAAAUUUCAGACUGUCUUGGUGUUAUCUUUUACUCAGCAGUUCUAUCCGAAAAAAAUGAUCGAAGUUCUGUGUCUCUAGAUAACGCCAUUUAAUUAUUUUAAUAAUUUAUCCAAUUAAACUCUUCGAAAUAUAAAUUAUUCAGGGCAAAUAUGCACAUCACAAGAUAAAAAUUGAAUUUAACAAAAUUUUAUUAUUCCAUUAUGGGACUGAAAUGAUCUCAUUGUUAUUAACUUUUUUUUUACACAAGGUUAUUUUGAACAAAAAAUUCACUUGUUGUAAAAAUAUCUUGUAUAGAUUAAUUGUUUUUCUUGUUUAUAUUAUUAUUAUUAUUAUUAUUAAUAAAUAUAUUUACAUAUAUAUUAUUUAUAUGGAAAGAAUAAAGUAAAAAUUGUUCAACUCGCCAGGGUUGUAAUCGUUCUAUUUUGUAAAAACAGUUUCUCUUAUAUUUUUAUAUAUUCAUUAUGUGAUGUAUUAUUCUGAUCUCAACAGAAAAAAAAAUUACUUUUUUUUCCAAAGGUAUCAAUUAAAUGUAAUAUGUUAAAUUUGUUUAAUUUAUAUUACUUUUAACCCUGUAAGAGAAAUAUAUAUUUUUUCAAUUUAGACCGAGUAACAAUUUUUGUUUUAUUUAUGGUUAUAAAAGAAGUUAACAUUUGAAAAUUGUACAUACAAUUUAUAUAGGAUUGUGUUGUUUUUUUUUUAUUAUUAUUAUUCGACAGUGUUUUUUUAGACUUAUAAUACCGUAGACAUUAGAAAAUAAAAUGUAGACUCUAAUUGUCUUAAGUGUAAGCAGUGACAUAUUUUUAAUAUAUAUAUAUAUAAAUAUAUUUGUAGUUAUAUAUAUGUAUGUAUUGUAUAUAAGAAAAUAAAAUAUAUGUAUUUGUAAUAAGAAUUGAAAUACUUAUUUUAGUUUAACAGGAAAUAUAGUAUUUAAUAAUUAAUUCCUCUAUGUUGUAAUAUUUUGAAAAAUUGGUUUACCAAGUAUAACAUAAAAAGUAUUCCUAUCGACAUUCCCGACUUAUCUGUUAGUAAAACUAUCUCUUGGUUGUUGUAUUUAGCAUAAAAAAGUGUGCUCAUCACAAUUAAAUGAAACGACUACUAUGACGGAGUUCUUGUAACAAUCACGUUUAAUGUCUUGUGUCAUAAUCUUUGUGGUAACGUUUUCUUUUUUAUUAAUGCUUAUUACGUAAAAUUCAACCGAAAAACUCAGUAAUUUUUGGUGAUAAAUAGUUUUGUUAACAAACCCGCCGAGAAUAUUAUCUGAAAUUGGGUAUUAAAAAUUGAGAAACUGUUAAAAAAGGUUCUUGGAAUUCUAGGAAUUACUCGACCGUUGAGUCCACGUAUGUGGUGAAAAGUACGUCAAAUAAGUAUGACUAACAUGAGUAGGUUCAUUGAGAUGAGUCACCAGAGAUAAAAACGUCUAGACACGGUCAAAUGCAGUCGGAAACCUUUCCGGUUCCUACAGGAAUUCCAUACUCGUGCGAACAUGUAGGAUAUGUGUAAAUUAUAAAAUAUUUUGCUACGGAUUACAUUUUGAAAUAUUCUCAGAUUUGACCGAUAAAAAAUAAACGUAUUGACGUUCGGCUAAAAUCUAUUGAUCAUUUAGUUGUUGGAGUUGUUUUCGAGGUCGGGCAACGAGUCGCGUGUUAAACAUGGUGUUUAUCUAAUGUGAUGCGAGGCAUUUUCUCGGGGGGUGGUGUGUAGUAUAAAACAACGGGGGUGUGCGAUUAUCAACCGUCAUCAUGCUCUUUACUGUGUGCCUUGUUCUUAAUUGUAGCCCGUAUAAUUUUUGUCGUUGUUCAUGUAAAUCGAUACACCCUAUACUGUCACGAGCGUGUAGUUGUUUUUAUCUAUCCGUGUUGUCCGCAUGCCGAAAAAGGUCUCCAAAGAUAGAACCUGACACAGGACGAUUCGAUACUGGUGGCGGCAACGUUAUCUUAUAAAAUUGUAUUUGGGUGGCGGCAACGGACUACUCGCCCAUGGCUAUUUGUCACGUAUUUAUCUUCAUAAGUGUGUUAGGAAUCAAUUGGCUCCAAAAAUAUCAUAUCAAGAUAAGCAAAGCAUUACUUCGGGAGACGACAACCCCCGCUGGGAGAGGCCACUGUCUGCACUGUUUUAAACGGUCGCCAAGCACCAAAAGAAGGGCGUUUAUUUUACAAAUAAAAAAAAAAAAAAGAUACAACGUAUACUACGGUAUUUAGUUUGACCCC